AUGACCCAGGGUANUCCAUCGCCAGCGAAGACCUUGGUAGCCGCGCGCAUGCACUCGCCCGCUUUCAACUGGUUACCCCUUCCGAAGCAUCCAAGCAAGGUCUUUGGCGGUGUCGUAGUGCACCUGGUUCCUGACCCUUUUCGCCACGCAGUACCCUGGGUCAUCCUUGUACCUGGUGAAGACAUCCUCCAAACAGCAGUCUACGCGGCAAACACAACAGACUGGUGCAGCCCGCAGGAGGUAGUUCACGGGUCUUCCUGCCAGCUGACGGGCGGCUGAUGGUGAUCACAGACUCUCUCCGCCAGCUCCUCCGCCUUCUUCUGGAUGAAGCUGCGGAUGGUCUCCGGGUGAAGCCUCGCAUGCUGUAGAAUCGCGACUGCUGUGUCCUCGCUGCUCAGGCUGGGAGGCUCAACCCUGACCAGACCCGGGCAAAGCUCUCCUGCGUCCACUGGAGCGUCGAAAAGAGGGUCAUCUUCGCCCUCCGCCACAGCGCCACGAGAUGGCGCGGUCAUGGAGGGCUGCUUUCCGCGUGUGGCUGCCUUCGAGGUGGUGUCAUGUUCGCUGCCGUGGUCCAGUUGCUGGGUUGUAUCAGCAGCUGGAGCAGACGGAGGCGGACCUUCCUGGCGCCCGUUUUCGUGCCCCAGGGGCGACUUACGGGUGGCCAGUGGGCACGGACACGGGGGGGUUAAAGUGACCUGUAACCCCUAGGCGUUGUACAACCUGCGUAACCCGGUCGGGCGCACCGUUGCCAACCUCCAAGGUCAGGCAGGGUUCGGAAACGCCGGCCCAAACCCAGCUAAGGGACAUUCGUAUCUGUGCUUGGUUGCAGGCGAGGUUGUCCACGCCCGAGAAUGUCCAUGCCUUGCCGCGAAAACUAUGUACCACCCGGUGUCCACAGAGUACACGACACACCGAUUUUUUUGACAUUCGCGGCAAUAAAAAAAAAAAGCUUCAAGAGUGCCGGCAUUUCCAAGCCCGAUCAUUAUAUAGUUGACCACCGUUAGACGCGCAAAAAUAAAAACAGUAGACUACACCCC